AGGCGCAGUGCUCAUCCCAUGCAUCUUUUUUUUUUUUGCAGCAUCAGUACCGAGAGCGAGUAUCACCUUCAGUGAGCGAGCGCGGCUGGCACAUAGCAUCUCUUCCGCGGAAAGAGAGAGAGAGAGAGACAGGGAAAAGGGGGAAACGAAGAGGAGAAAGAGAGAAAAGAGAAGGGAAAAAAAAGGAAAGGAGAAAAAAAAAACCCCGGAGGGAGACAGGGACGAGCCAGGGACGGGAGCACCGAGGGAGAGGGACCGAUCGCCGGCCGAGAUUCAGCUCCUCAGCGACGCACGAAAGGCACCAUGAAGGACCGCACGCAGGAGCUGCGAAGUGCUAAGGACAGCGAUGAUGAUGAGGAAGUCGUCCAGGUGGACCGCGAUCACUUCAUGGAUGAGUUCUUCGAGCAGGUGGAGGAGAUCCGCGGAUGUAUAGAGAAGCUGUCCGAGGAUGUGGAGCAGGUGAAGAAACAGCACAGCGCCAUCCUGGCAGCCCCCAACCCCGACGAGAAAACCAAGCAAGAAUUGGAAGAUCUGACGGCCGACAUCAAAAAGACGGCCAACAAAGUUAGAUCCAAAUUAAAAGCGAUCGAGCAAAGCAUAGAGCAGGAGGAAGGGCUCAACAGAUCAUCUGCUGACUUGCGAAUUCGUAAAACACAGCACUCCACGCUGUCACGCAAGUUCGUGGAGGUCAUGACCGAGUACAACACCACGCAGUCCAAGUACCGUGACCGCUGCAAGGACCGUAUCCAGAGGCAGCUGGAGAUCACUGGGAGAACAACCACCAACGAGGAGCUGGAGGACAUGCUGGAAAGUGGCAAGCUGGCCAUUUUCACCGAUGACAUCAAGAUGGACUCUCAGAUGACCAAGCAGGCGCUGAACGAGAUCGAGACCAGGCACAACGAGAUCAUCAAGCUGGAGAACAGCAUCCGGGAGCUGCACGACAUGUUUGUGGACAUGGCCAUGCUGGUGGAGAGCCAGGGCGAGAUGAUAGACAGAAUCGAGUACAACGUGGAGCACUCAGUAGACUAUGUGGAGAGAGCUGUGUCUGACACAAAGAAGGCUGUCAAAUACCAGAGCAAGGCCCGCAGGAAGAAGAUCAUGAUCAUUAUCUGCUGUGUGGUCCUAGGAGUGGUGCUGGCCUCAAGUAUUGGAGGAACGCUGGGAUUUUAGCGGGAUGCAAAAAACAGCAAGAAAACCACAAGAAACAGAUAAGGGGACUCUAAAAUGGGGGGAGGGGGGGGGAACAGAUUAUGGAAAAUGAUGA